UUAACAACACACUCUUCUUGUUCACGUACCCCAGUUUACUGAACCUUGACGUCAUGUAACUCUGUUCACGUGUUUAUACAUACUAUCUGCAUGUGAAGGUCUGCAAGGUUUGAGAGAAACAGCAGAGUGAACAUCUACAUCAUCAGCCAGGAAAGAAUGUGACGACACUCAAAGACUUAGACUAACAGAGUGAAAUUAAACACCGGCGCCAUGGGUUUCGGUAAUCAGCUCCUUCUGCUAUUGUGGAAGAAUUUUACUCUAAGAAAACGACAGCCGUUGCGUGUUGUGAUCGAGCUGGUGUGGCCACUAUGUCUCUUCCUGAUCCUGGUGGGAGUCCGGACACGACCAGAUCUCAUCAUAAACAACCCAGAAUGUCACUUUGAUGGCAAGGCAAUGCCGUCCGCGGGGACGCUGCCGUUCCUGCAGUCGUUCCUCUGUACCUUCAACAACACAUGCCACCAAUCGGUCACUGCGGACGAGAGGGCAGGAACAGUGGACAGCUUCAACUCCUCUACUAUAUCCAAACUGCUUGAGGACAUAGAGAAGGUUCUGGCCAACAAUACAGAGAGAGAGGAAAUAUUUGAUCUCAUCAAUGACCUGGAAAAUCUACAACAGCUUCAAGACAUUGUCUGGAAUGGGACAUCUGUAGGGUCUCUCCGACUAGGAAACUUGCUGGUGGAUCCUGAGCAGCUCCGGCAACAGAUCGCAGCCCAGAAUAUCAACCUGACUGAGGGUGCACUGAAUUCCCUCCUCAACGCCUCGCUGUCCAUUCGCAAUCUGGUGAGCAACGUAACAAGUGGUGAAAUAUCACCCUUGAUGAAUCUGGGGGUAUUCCUCAAGGAGCUAGAAUUGCCAGACAACGCCUCCAACUUCAAUUCAAAUCUGGACCAGUUACGAACCAACGUGUGCAACAACAGCCUCCUGGAGAGGUACUUCCAGUUUGGUAGUCCAGCAGAUGCACGGAAUGUGCAGGACCAGUUGUGUAACCUGAACAUCACUGAAGCCGUGGAGCUGUACCGGGACUUCCGCGACGACAUCAACGUCAACCAGGUCGUCAAUGAGGUGUCGGAGUAUGUGUUCCAGAACACAGGCGUCAGACCCAACUUUGAUAUGGCAUCCUACACAAGACUACUGAGACUAUUUCGAGAUGUGAAUGACCUAAGCAGUCUGCAAGCUCUCCAGAAGGACCUGAUUGACUUGCGAGACGAAAUGCAGGAUGCCCAGCAGGCCAGCGGGCCUCGCAACGUGACCCGGGACCUCAGCAGGCUCAUCUGUGGCCGACCUAAUGCCUUCUUACAGAUCAACCCAAGCAACAAAAACCUGUUCAGUGGGGAGAGCGGUUCAGGGCGGGUUGAUAUGAAGGAGUCUGAGGAGGAAAAGAAGAAGAGAGAGAAGGAAAGAGAGGAUGAGUUGAAAGAGUUCUCUCCCUUCUGCAUUGACCUGUUUGCAUCCUUUGAGUCAACGCGCUACACUCGUAUCAUCUGGCGCCAACUCAAGCCUGUCAUCUUGGGUUUUAUUCCAUAUGCCCCGGACAAUGCUGCUACCAGGGCCAUCAUUAAACAGGCUAACGCUACCUUUGAGAACCUUGCAUCCCUUCUUGAUCUGGCUGAUGAUUGGCUGGACGAUGUGUCCCCUAGACUGUACAACUACCUCGACAACAGCACCAGCAUAAACGCUCUCAGGAGAUUGACAUCGAAAAGUGGAUGUGCAAAUCUGAGCAAUUCCCUGACGCAAUUGCGUGAGUUGUCGCCUUCCUCCAACAUCCCCACCUUCAACACCAGCACCUGCGACUACUUCGCCCGCUACCUCUACAACGGCCCGAACACCACAGAGUAUGACUGGAGAGACUCCAUCAACUACACCAACUACUUCAUGGCCGAGGUGAAGAAGUACCUACAGUGUUUCAGAUUUGACAAGUUCCGCCCGUAUGCGUCGGAGUACUCCCUAAUACAGGAUAGCCUGGACAUGAUACCGACCAACACGUUCUGGGCAGCUCUCGUGUUCGAAACAGAAGCGGAUGCAGCAUCCGUCCCAAAUCACAUGACUUACAAGAUCAGAAUGGACACAGACAAAAUAGACAGCACAAAGAAAGUGCAGGACAAGUACUGGAAGCCAGGCCCCAGGGCCCAAGUUGGUAUUGACACCAAAUACCUGACGUACGGCUUCGCCUUCCUGCAGGAUAUGGUUGACCACGCACUCAUCAGGGUGCAGACUGGUGUGGAGGAGGAGGUCGGGGUGUACAUGCAGCAGUUCCCCUACCCAUGCUACGUGAAGAACAGGUUUACAAUGACGAUAUCACGGACCAUGCCGAUGUUCAUGGUGUUGGCGUGGAUCUACUCAGUGGCCAUGAUUGUGAAGGGGAUCGUGUACGAAAAGGAACGUCGUCUGAAGGAGGUGAUGAAGAUGAUGGGACUGGGCAAUGGGGUCCACUGGCUGGCCUGGUUCAUCAAUGCCUUCGUCAUGAUGAUCAUCACUGUCGUCAUGCUUGUGGCGUUGCUCAAGGGCGGUAAGGUCUUUGAGCACUCUGACCCGUCUGUGAUCUUUGUGUUCAUGUUGGCAUUCACGAUAGCGACCAUCAUGCAGUGUUUCCUGAUCAGUGUAUUCUUUUCCCGUGCCAACCUGGCGGCGGUGUGCGGGGGCUUCCUGUACUUCCUCCUGUACAUGCCGUACACCCAGGUGGUGCAGUGGGAGGAGUUCAUCAGCACCUCCAUCAAGCUGGUCUCCUGCCUGUCAUCUAGUGUAGCCUUUGGAUUCGGCUGCAGCUACAUAUCUCGGUUUGAGGAACAGACGACUGGUCUACAGUGGAGUAACAUCGCUGACAGCCCCAUCCCCGAUGACGACUUCAACAUGGCACGCUGUAUCCUGAUGAUGUUUGCUGAUGCUCUCAUGUAUGGCAUCAUCACCUGGUACAUUGAAGCCGUCUUCCCUGGCCAGUAUGGUAUACCACGCAAGUGGUACUUCCCCAUCCAGAAAACCUACUGGUGUGGACAGCGUUACCGAGGAGACACCAAUGUCGCUGGCAACCUAGGGGCUGCAGACAUGGAGAUGAACUGUGACAAGGAGAAUCUGGAGGCGGAGUCCCCCAACAGUAAAGUGGGUGUGUCUAUACACAACAUGACCAAGGUGUACAAGACUGGGAAGAAGCUAGCAGUGGACGGAUUGUCUCUCAACUUCUAUGAGGGCCAGAUUACAUCUUUCCUUGGACAUAAUGGUGCAGGAAAAACCACAACGAUGUCCAUCCUGACAGGCCUGUUCCCUCCCACAAGUGGCACAGCGUAUAUCAACGGGAAGGACAUUCGCUCCCAGAUGGACGAUAUCAGGAGCAGUCUCGGAAUGUGUCCACAACACAACGUACUCUUUGACCUCCUGACUGUAGAGGAGCACAUCUGGUUCUACGCCCGACUCAAGGGGAGGACCAACGCGGAGGUGAAGCGGGAACUACCUCAGAUGGUCAAGGAUGUUGGCCUGCCCAAUAAGAUCAAAGAGAUCUCCAAGAACCUGUCAGGGGGAAUGAAGCGCAAGUUGUCUGUGGCUAUUGCAUUUGUGGGUGGAUCUCGCACAGUCAUCCUGGAUGAACCUACAGCUGGCGUCGACCCAUACGCUCGCAGAGCCAUCUGGGACCUGCUCGUCAAACUGAGAACAAAUCGCACCAUCAUUAUGUCUACCCACCACAUGGACGAAGCCGACAUCCUCGGGGACCGCAUCGCCAUCAUCUCCCACGGUCGACUCUGCUGUUGCGGCUCAAGCCUCUUCCUCAAAAACCGCUUCGGCAGCGGCUACUACCUGACCCUCGUCCGCCAGCAGGACCAGGACCAGGACCAGAAUGAGGUUCCAGUCAAGGAUGUAAUCAAACCUAAACCCAGCAGGCCGUCCACUGCCGGCAGCAUCCGCUCCACCAUCGACGUCGUACCGUCAUUUGAGAUGGAUGAUGAGGGUUACUCUGAGAGACCGGACAGUGAUAAAACCAGCAGCAGCAACAGCAGCAACCCACCUACUCCACCACCAGAGGGAGCCACUAUGAUACCAGGUUUCUCGGUGCAACGAGUGACUGCCUUCAUUCAGAAGUUUGUGAGUGGGGCCAAGUUGACCGAAGACAACAACACUGAGCUGUGCUACCAGUUGCCAGAAGAGGCGGCUCACAGCGGGGACUUCGAGGCCUUGUUCUGCCAACUUGAGCGCAGCCACUUUGACCUCGGCAUCUCCAGCUUCGGCAUCUCCGACACCAGUCUGGAGGAGGUGUUCCUGAAGGUGGCGGAGGAGAGUGGUGUGGACUGCCCCACAGACGAGAUGACUCGCAAGCAGCUGGAACAGGUCUAUGAUGGAGGCAAAUACCCACGGCCAGUGUCCCGUCUGAGUUUCCGCAAGAAGAAGUUUGGCAUCUUCCCCACCAAACAGGGAGUGAACCGCGUCAACAGCACCACCGACCUGAUGGAGGACAGUGACCUUGAAAUGACAGAUCAAGGUGUCAGUUUAUUACCCCAUGAGACAUCGGAAACGGCUAGUGACCCAGGUUUCUGUGCCGAGUCAGAGACGAAGCUGUCAGGAUGGAACCUCAAACGUCGACAGUUCUGGGCACUCUUCCUCAAGCGUUUCCACCACGUCCGCCGCAGUAAGAAGGGAUUUGUGUGUGAGAUCAUCCUGCCGGCGGGGUUUGUGUGCCUGGCCAUGGUGUUCGCCCUCAUCCUGCCCCCCUUCCAGGAGGAGCCCGCCCUGGAGCUGCACCCCUGGCUCUAUGUGCCCCAGAAGGGCGACGCCCACCUCUACAUGUUCUAUAGUAAUGACGACCCUGGUACGACCCUCGCAGACAAGCUGGAGAACACACUUCUGUCCAAGCCCUAUCUAGGAACAAGAUGUAUGAACUCAUCGGUCUAUCACAUCAGUGGCAUGCCGUGUGAGCCAUCAUCAGCCACAGGAAAGUGGACUGCGCGACCCAAACUGACCGGCAACCUGUCCAUAGACUCCCCCUCCUGUUCCUGUGCAACUGGAAUCCAGAAAUGUCCACCAGGUGCUGGUGGCCCCAUCCCUCCCCGGAGCUACCUGCCAACGACAGACUACCUCUACAACAUGACCGGUCGCAACACCAGCGACUGGCUGGUCAAAACCAUGGACCAGUACAUCAAGAGAAGAUAUGGAGGCUUCAGUUUUGGAGACAAGAAUCCUGUAGCUCAGCUGAAUGCUACUCAACUGUUGACUGUCAUUGACCGACUCUCACGAGCAGGCAAUAACGGCUCUGCUGUUGUCGAUGGUAACGAGACCGUAUGGCAGGACCUGGAUGAUUUGAUCAAGAGAUUUGUUCGACAGGACAUUGCCAAGGUUUGGUUCAACAACAAGGGAUGGGCAGCAUCCGUGGCCUAUAUGAACUCUCUCAACAACAUCAUCCUGCGCAGUUAUCUCCCCUCCUCCAAGGACCCCAGUAACUUCGGCAUCACCACCAUCAACCAUCCCCUCAACUACACCCAGGACCAGCUCAAUGAGGAGACAAUCAUGAACAGUGCCAUAGAUGUCCUGGUUGCCAUCUGCGUCAUCUUCGCCAUGUCCUUCAUCCCGGCCAGCUUCGUGCUGGUGCUGAUCGAGGAGAGAGUGUCCAACAGCAAGCACCUGCAGUUUGUCAGCGGCAUCAACCCAACCAUCUACUGGGUGGCCAACUUCACCUGGGAUAUGAUGAACUACCUGAUUCCUGCCCUGCUGUGUUUUAUAAUAUUUCUGGCCUUCAACAAGGAGGCCUACGUUGGCCCCGGCCAUGCUCCCUGCCUCGUGGCUCUACUCUUCCUCUAUGGGUUUGCUAUCAUCCCGCUGAUGUAUCCGUUUGCCCGGCUGUUCUCGGUGCCAAGUUCAGCCUUUGUUGCACUGUCAUGUGUGAAUGUGUUCCUGGGAACUGUGUCAACGCUGGCAACAUUUAUCUUGGAGGUGUUCGAGCAGGACGACAAAGGUCUUGCGGACAUAAACAACAUACUGAAACAGGCAUUCCUGAUCAUGCCUCACUACUGUCUGGGCCGGGGACUGAUGGACAUGACCGCCUACAAGCUGCAGGCAGAUAUCAUCACCAGAUUCGGUGAGACGUUGGAUUACAACCUGUUUGACUGGAAAAUAGUUGGUCGCAACCUGUUUGCCAUGUUCGCCCUGGGUAUCGUGUUCUUCAUCUUCAACCUGCUCAUAGAGUACAGGUUCUUCAUCAAACCAAGGAAGACAAAGGGGCCUUCCACCCCACUGAACAACGAGGACAUUGAUGUGGCUCGGGAACGUCAGCGGGUCAUGUCAGGAGGGGCAGAUAAUGACACCUUGAAGCUGGAGAACCUCACCAAGACCUACUGGACCCCUGGGAAGAAGGGGCGUCUGACAGCUGUAGACAGACUGUGUGUGGGGGUGCCCAAGGGGCAGUGUUUUGGUCUGCUAGGGGUUAACGGAGCAGGGAAGACCACGACCUUCAAGAUGCUGACAGGAGACGUGUCCGUCACCAGCGGCUCGGCGGCAGUCAGUGACAUGAGCAUUCUGAAGGACAUGGUGAAGGUGCGGCAGCUGAUGGGCUACUGUCCUCAGUUUGAUGCUCUGGACUCCCUUCUCACCGGCCGGGAACAUCUGCAGUUCUACGCCCGAGUCAGAGGCAUACCUGAGAAGGAUAUCAAAGAUGUGGCAGAGUGGGCUAUCAGGAAGCUGGGGCUAGUGAAGUAUGCCAACGUCAUCGCUGGCAGCUACUCCGGUGGCAACAAGCGGAAACUGUCCACCGCCAUCGCUCUCAUUGGCAACCCUCCCAUUAUAUUCCUGGAUGAACCUACUACCGGUAUGGACCCCAAGGCUCGUCGCUUCCUCUGGAACUGCAUCAACAGCAUCAUCAAAGAUGGCCGCUCCAUCAUUCUAACUUCCCACAGCAUGGAGGAAUGUGAGGCGCUGUGCGGCAGGCUGGCCAUCAUGGUGAACGGCCGGUUCAAGUGUAUCGGCAGCACGCAGCAUCUGAAGAACAGGUUCGGCAAUGGGUACACAGUGACCCUGAGAGUGGCUGGAGGUCAGCCCGACCUGGAGCCCGUGAAGCAGUACAUGAAGGAGCAGUUCCCCGAGUCGGUGCUGAAGGAAAGCCACCACAACAUGCUGCAGUACCAGCUGGGCACCACCGCCAUUUCCCUGGCCAGGCUCUUCGGGAAGAUUGAGGGUGGCAAACAGCACAUGGGCAUUGAGAGCUACUCCGUCAGCCAGACCACACUGGACCAGGUCUUCAUCAACUUUGCCAAGCUGCAAACAGACAUGGACAUUGAAUUAGAAGAUGAUGAACUACCUCCUGAUCUGAGCCAGAGGGCCUAUGAGACAGCCAUGUACCCAAACCAGCAGCGCAUGAUGAUCGAGGACGAGCAGAGCGUGACAGGAAGUACUGCCGGCCUCAUCCUCCCCAACAGGGCCCGCGACAACUUCUUGACCGACGUGUCUGUGGCGUAGACCCCCCUUACUGUGAUACCUGUAGAAUCUGUGAUGUUAGCUCAAACUGUGGUCAAACUGUUCACAGUAGUUUACAGUGUGAAACGUUUGGUCACUGUGACAAGAGCAUACAAUUAUUUUACCUAGACAACAUUCCAUAACACUAAUGUCACAAACCCAACAUCACACAAAACUAGAACACAGUACCCCACCGACUGGUACACAUGGUAACAGAACCCCACCCACUGGUACACAUGGUAACAGUACCCCACCCACUGGUACACAUGGUAACAGUACCCCACUCACUGGAACACAUGGUAACAAUACCCCACUAACUGGUACACAUGGUAUCAAUACCCCACUAACUGGUACACAUGGUAACAGUACCCCACCCACUGGUACACAUGGUAACAAUACCCCACUAACUGGUACACAUGGUAACAGUACCCCACCCACUGGUACACAUGGUAACAGUACCCCACCCACUGGUACACAUGGUAACAGUACCCCACUCACUGGAACACAUGGUAACAAUACCCCACUAACUGGUACACAUGGUAUCAAUACCCCACUAACUGGUACACAUGGUAACAGUACCCCACCCACUGGUACACAUGGUAACAAUACCCCACUAACUGGUACACAUGGUAACAGUACCCCACUAACUGGUCCCAAAUGGUAACAAUACCCCACUAACUGGUCCCAAAUGGCACAAGAAUGAAUCCCUGACUACUUGACCGAAGAUAUACCUGAUGCUGGUAAAUGAUUGCCUUAACAGACUGUGAUAUACUCACUCCAUGUUAUUAGUAACCCCAGUUCCUGAUGCACUGACAGGAAUGAAUGGCACAUGAACAGCUGAACAUACAUAUAUUGAUUUUUAGGCAAGACAUACGUGAGAUGUUGUAUUAAUGUUUUGUGGAACCUAAACCAUUUUAAUAAUUGUGGCACAUACAAAUAUUGUGAGGUGUGUCUUAAAUUCAUUUCACAUUUGGGGGGAAUAUUUCACAACAGAUAUAUAUUAUCUUGCAUUUUUAAUUAUCCCAUUUUUAUUAUAUUUCAUAUUUUGAUAUUGUUAGGCAAUCCUACUGCAACUACAUCUGUGUGUAUUUAGAUGACAGUGAUGUGUUUUGUACAGUGCUAAACUGUAGUGUGUUCACCUGUCUUGAUGUCAUGGUAUUCUAGAUUUUUGCUGUGACUCUGGAUGUUUUAUAUACAGAGAUUAUCUUUACUGUAGGACUUUGAAAAUGGUGAUCUAAAAAGAUCAGAGAGAAAUUGUGAUCUUAUUCUUCUCAUAUUCAAGGGAAAUUUGUAUAAGGGGGUACAAUUUGAGAUUAUUAUACAGUCUGGUUGAUAUUGGUCAUGUGAUCCUUCACACAUGAAAAAUGUUUUUGCUAAUAUCAUAAACAAUGGUCAAUAAGCAUUGUUCCAUAAUAAUUACCUUCUGCUCCGAGGUGAUAAAUCGAGAAGUGUAAGAGAAUCUUAAGAACGGCAUGUUCUUGAUGUUUCAGUUUAUGUAUCGUUAUAUCGUCUGAGUACAGAAUAGAAAUAGAAACUUGAGUAUGGUUAGGUGCCGCUUUUAGCAAUAAUGCUGCGGGGGACAUCAGAAAAUGGGCAACUUGGAAUUCAAAGGUACAAGUUGUUGAUGUUCUCAAUUUCUUUUGUCUGUCUUAUUAGUGUUCUCUUUGCCAUACCAGUAAGAAGACAAAUACCCUGAACAAGGCACUCAUCGCUCUCCCCUGUCAAACAGCUAUUUCUCUAUUAUUUAAUUAUAUUUCAACUGGGAGAGUGAUAUACAUAUUUACAUGAGAUUUGUGACCUUUUUGCUUUUGUUUAAUUGUGGGGAUCUUUUAAAUCAACACUCAGCUCGCCGACACGAAGAUAUCCUGUAAAUGUGUGUAUCUGUCUAUAUGAAGUAGUGGUCUGAAGUGGAUAUGUAUGGGUGAAGAUGCAAUAUGAGUGUUAUACAAGUGUUUGUAUGUCUGGUUUAGAUAAGGUAGAUAUAAAAUUGCUAAUCGAUAGGUAUAAUCAUGUAUUAUUGAAAUAAGUGCUUGAGAAAAAGUGAUAUUCAUAUUACUAUAGUUAAUGUCAUACCAUGACAUAUUGACUAUGGUAAUAUGAAAGAAUCGGAUUAUCUUUCUUCAGUAGUAUAUGAAUAUAUCAUUGGAGAGUGUGUGAUGCAUGUACAAGAAACAUUUGUGAUAAGGGUGUGUCUAUGAAUAAUUCCCACAUAAGAGUGUUUAAGUGUCACACAAUUGUUUCUUUAUCCAUUUACUUUCCGCAAGAUCAAAUAACAGUCUGAUUGGAGUUUCAUUAAGAGGCACAACCUAUUGUUCAACAAAUUAAUAUUUGGAGAAGAAUUCACUUAUAUUCAGUUAUAUAUCCUUUUGUGUGUGAAUAUAUUAAUAGUGUUUAGUAUAUUUGAUGUUUUUUAUUUACAUAUAGGAAAAGAAAACCAUUUUCAUUUUGGAUUUUUGUGUAUAUUUUAACAUAGGUCAUAUGUUUUAGUUAUAUCUUUCCAUUCAAAAGUAAUUCCUCAUUUAAUAAAUUAUUUUACGUCUAUAUAGAAAAUCAAGUUCAUAUUACAUCAAGCUAGAUCUGUUAUAGGAAACAAAUGUACUCUUAUAAGCAGGCAAGACAAGCGAAAAUCUAAGAAAUAACUUGUUGCAUGCAAUUGGUUCUCUAUAACAGUCCUUGUCAAUUUCUUAAAUGGGUUUCAUUUGCAAUGUUGCAGAAACUAGGCAUUGCUAGAUGUCCCGAGAACAAUGUUUCUUUAUUGCGUUCAAGUUUUGGCUGGUUUUAUGAGACCUUUGUGUCAUAAAUGUUUCAUAGUUCCUAUGUCUGAGUUGCCCCAUACUUUGUUCUGCUGGUCAGAACAAUAGUACUGUUCAUAAUUGUGAUUCCAAAUUUAAAGCCUUUAGACCAAAGAGUGCUUUCAAAUAGAUGGCAUUCUUAUUUCAUUUCCUUGUCUGAAGUCUCCAUGUGUACUUCCAAGUACUCAAGUUGAAUAGUCCACAGACCAGGGUCUGUCUUAUGUAUCAAUAACAUAUCAGACUAAUAAUUUGUGAUGUACCAAAUGAUUAGCAAGAAAAAAACUUUUUUUUAUAUACAUAUAUUAUAUAGCUAACAUCAGCAUAUGUCUCAGAAUUAAAGAAGUUGUCAUCGAUAAAUUUACUAUUAUAUAGCAACAUUUCAGUCUUGCUUGACAAUGGUAUGAGCAUCUGUACUGAAACUUCGCUAUAAUAGUACAUUAAAGAAGGUCCUUAAACUGUGUCUACUUUUUGUCCAAGGCUGGACUGCCAAAUUGAAGGUCUCUUCCACCGUUGAAUAGGAUGCUAAAUGUCACCCUGAAUUAGAAACACUGGCAACAUUUCAUGACAAUGUACCGAAGUCAUACACCACUGACCAGAAGUUCAAACUUGUACCUCAUCUCACUAUGAAAAGUUGUGACGUCAACCGAAUUUCCUUUUUUUCUACAUGACAAUAUUUAACUUUACUCUAAAUGUACAUUUUCACUGCAUAAUAAACAGAUUUGAUUUUUU